AUGGCCAAUAACAACAUACCUAGUCCUGAUCCCUUCAUCCUGGAACAACUGAUUGAAGAUUCCAGCCGCGAACUGACGAAUCGCCGUCGGCAGGAACGUGCUUUUGCCGGACAGAGGCAACAGAUUCAGCACAUUCAACACGUGCACGGCCUUCAACAAGUCCAGAACGUCGAACAAACCCAUCCUGAAGGACAAGUUCAGAACGGGGAAGACGGGCAGACCCGGCCCCAGACUGAGCCAGAGCAGCUCCAAGUGGUGAAUGAAACUGAUACCCGAGACGGGCAACCCGCUUCCUCGUUCACCCACACCUCUGACAGGCGAAGAAGCCGUAGCCCGGACGAGGAGGAACAGAUCAACAUUCCCGAGGGCGCUGAUCCGACCGCCAUCCUCCUACUCAAAGAGCUGCAGAAGACCAACCGCCUCAUCCGCCAACAGGGCGACCGCAUCCACGACCUGGAAAGGAAGCAACGAUAUCGCUCCCCCCAACGGAGACGCCAUCGGUCACGUUCCUAUUCCUCUUCGCGGUCUCCUCCGAGGAGAAGUCGCAAGCGCAGUCCAUCUAGGUCUCGCUCCCCCUCGAGAAGAAACCGGCGCCAGCGGUCUUAUUCCCGCUCUCCACCUCGAAAGACUCGGAAGAAUCAGAAACCUGAAACCACUGAAGCCAAGAGUCUCUCACCCGAGCAGGAGCACCGAGGCCCCUCCAAAGCCGUGCAGAAAGUCCGCGAGCAUUCUCCAAAAGACAACCGCAAAAUCUCGGGCAAAGCACACACUAAAUCCCAGCGGGGCAGACAUUCAAACUCCCCUGAACCUAGCGACGAAGAGGAUUUCCGCAGUCCCUUGUCCGAGCAAAUCCGGCGUGUUCGUCUUCCCCGGGGGAUGGAAAAACCACCAGCCUUGGACCACUAUGACGGGACCACCGACCCCGAUGACCACAUAAGGAGCAUCGAAGCUGUCAUGGACUACCAUGUGGAUCUUUUCCUAAGCCACUUCACCGCGUCUCGUCGGCAACCGAAAUCAGAAGCAAAUCUUGAGGCAGUAAUCCAAGGUACCAACGAAUCUUUGAGAGACUACCUCGACAGGUUCAACAAAGAAGCUGUCCAAGUGCAGACCGCGGACUACAUGAAGAGGCUCAGGCCUUCAUCAGAUAUGAGGAAGCAGAGGCUGCUACCACGAGAGCGUCACGGGACAACGACGCCGCUCGCAGUUCAAACCAUGAGCCCUCAACUUCGAGGCGCGGGCACGAGAGAAGGAAAGACGACAGGUCUCUCGAUAUCAAAGAACGCCGUGGACCUUCUGGUCGUUUCAACGAAUAUACCCCGCUGA